GUGCUCCAUACCUGCCGGAGUAGACUUUUCUAAGCCUUUUCAGGUACCUUGUGGUGUUUUUGAAAAAACUGGACAGGAAAAAGGAGAAGGCUCACCUUUAAAACCAGCACGCCAAGGAUUUUUCAUCACUUCAUCACUUUCAUAUUUGCUUCUUCCCACCUGGCACUGUUUUUUCUUGCUUAUUUUUUUGCCUGCAGCUGUAGAAAUAUAAGGACUGUGCCUGUCACACUAUGAUUUUUUCCACUGUGCCUUUUAAGGUAUCUUUUUCCAAACAGCCUUAUGUGUCCCCCUCCAACCAUCAGAUGGCUCCUCCAAGCCCCAGCAACAACAGCAACAGCAACACUACCACCACUCCCAUCAGCAAUGGCGGCAGCAGCGGUGGGGGGGAACAGCUAAGCAAAACCAACCUGUACAUCCGCGGCCUCCACCCAGGAACCACAGACCAGGAUUUGGUCAAACUCUGUCAGCCGUAUGGCAAAAUUGUAUCUACCAAGGCUAUCCUGGAUAAGACUACCAAUAAAUGCAAAGGCUAUGGCUUUGUUGACUUUGACAGUCCAGCCUCAGCUCAGAAGGCAGUGACAGCGCUGAAGGCAGGAGGAGUUCAAGCUCAGAUGGCCAAGCAACAGGAGCAGGACCCCACCAACCUGUACAUCUCCAACCUGCCGCUGUCCAUGGAUGAGCAGGAGUUAGAGAACAUGCUGAAGCCUUUUAGUCAGGCCAUUUCAACACGUAUCCUCCGUGACGCCAAUGGAACCAGCCGAGGAGUGGGCUUUGCCAGAAUGGAGUCAACAGAGAAAUGUGAGGCCAUCAUCCAGCACUUCAAUGGAAAAUAUAUCAAGACUCCGCCUGGAGUACCAGUGCCAUCAGAGCCCUUGUUGUGUAAAUUUGCUGAUGGAGGCCAGAAGAAGCGACAGAGCCAAGGGAAAUAUCUGCAGAACGGGCGGCCCUGGCCGAGAGACGGGGAGUCUGGAGGAAUGACUCUGACGUACGACCCCACCACAGCCUUACAGAACGGGUUCUACUCCUCUCCAUACAGCAUCGCCCCAAAUCGGAUGAUUGGACCCACCUCCCUCUCUCCAUACAUGCAUUCACCUGUGUCCACCUACCAGGUACACAACCCUUCCUGGUUACACCACCAGUCGUACAUAAUGCCGCCCACAGGAGCCGUUCUGACGCCAGGAAUGGACCACACCAUGUCGAUCCAGCCGACCUCAAUGAUGGGGCCUCUGACGCAGCAGCUCAGCCACCUCUCCAUGGGCAGCAGUGGCACAUAUAUGCCUGCAAACACAUCUAUGCAGGGGACCUACAUCCCCCAGUACACCCAAGUGCCUGCCGCUAACAUCUCAGUUGAGGAAAGUGCCGCCCAACAACCUGUUGCCAUAGAGACACCAACAGAACACACGACCUACUCGUACCAGCAUAACAAGUGAAGAGGUGUCAGAGGUCCUCCUCUGGAGCCAGAUCGACUCCCAUGAGACCCUGGUGCUAAAAACUCGGCACAGUGACUCUGCACAUGAGGCACUUGGGAGGAACAUGGACUGUUACCCAGAAAGGACAAAAAAAAAGAAAAGUUAUUUUCUACAAACUCAUAUUUUAAAACAAACUCUUUUACUCCAAACAAGCAAAGGUGGAGGACAGCAGGCAACGGCAAAUGGAAGAACAGAACACGGAGCGUCUAUUUUGAUAAGAGUUGAGAAAAACCUACACACACGCACACACACACACAUACUACACAAUGGAAAGAUUUUAAAUAAACAUAUUGUGGUUCUUCUUCUUUUCUAGUACUGCUACUAGGAUGAAACCAGGAAGAGACCAGUUUCAACACGAUUUGUUUUGAGGCAUGUUUUGUUUUGACCCUUUGUAAGAUAUGCUGUUUUUACUUUUCUUUUUUUUGUUUGUUUGUUUUGUUUUUUAUGCCUGAUAUUUUCAGGCGUUCAACCUGCCUUUUUUGUACAUAAUUGUUUCAGUGUGUUUCUAGCUUCACGUGUCCAUGUUUUGUUGACAGAAAGCUAAAAAAAACCAACUUUACUAGUUCAGAAAAAGCCGACAACUGGUAUAUUUUAGACAGACUUGGAUUGAAGUGGCAGCAAGGUCAAAAUCAGGUAUGAAACCAUUACCUGAAGUGGUCUCGCUUCUUUCUUUAGCGCUCGACUCAAAUAAUUUAGAGUUUCCAACAAUCUUAACAAAGCUUCAGACAAUCAAAAGAUUAUUUUAAAGAAAAGAAUUAAAGAUGAUGAUCGGACAGAUUUGACAGAGAAGAGCUAAAUGGAUUCAAAGCAUUCCAGAGAUCAUCGUCAUCAUCAUCAUUAUUAUUAUUAUUAUUAAUAAAAAGUCAUAAGUAUCACUAGGCUUUGAGCUGUUCCACUUGAUGAAAUCCAAAGUUGCUCAACAGGGAUCACACCUUCCACAGAGCUGCCUGUACAUAAGAGAUUUAACUUUAUUGAGGCUUUCUUUUGAUUUCCUCUCAUCAGUGUAGUAAAGCUUCGAGUAUUUUAAUGACCACACUUUACCAAACUGUUGGAGAAUUGCUUUUUUUUGGUCUUUUUUCCCACCUCUUGCAAAAAAAAAAGGGAAGCAGAUCCUCCACUAUUUGGGGCUCUUACUACACAGAAAUGGAAAUCAACUGUCAAAGCGUGGCUCUGUCCUGUUCUACCUUCA